UAGCACUCCAGUGUAUAAUAGAGCUCAGCUGUGCUGCUGCAGUCCUAACCUACAGACGCAGACAGCAAAGAGCUACUUUAAACCAGAAAACUUAUCCUUUGUUUGUUUUUGUUUUAUUCAGGAACUGUUGUCACUGGUAUGAUGGUGAACUGCUGCGGUCUGCUCACUGACAGGAAGGAACCAGUUCCUCUGAAGAGCAUUGAAGUUCAGCUGGAGGUGAAGGACCAUGUGGCUACAGUGGUCUCCACUCUGAACUACGAGAACAAGGAGGACAAACCACUAGAGGCUGUUUUUGUCUUCCCUCUGCCUGGAGAUGCUGCUGUGUGUCAUUUCAGUGCUCAGAUUGGACAGACACACAUUGUAGCUGAGGUGAAGGAGAAACAGCAGGCUCUGGAGGAGUAUGACGAUGCUCUGAGCUCCGGUCAGCAGGCCUUCCUGUUGGAGGAGAGUGACCAGAGUCCAGAUAUCUUCUCUCUGAGUGUGGGCAGCCUGCCUCCAGGAGAGAGCGCCUCCAUCAGGCUGGAGUACGUCACUGAGCUGGCUGUACAGGCUGAUGACGGGCUGAGGUUCUGUCUGCCUGCUGUGCUCAACCCUCGGUACCAGCCUCGGGGUAGUGAAGGUCCCAGUGUCCAGGUGACCUCAGUUCCAGCCUCUCUGGUGCCCUACAGUCUGUCCUUCUCUGCCCGAGUGUCCUCUCCUCGUCCAAUCUCUAAAGUAGAGUCCAACUGUUCCCUGGAGCCUCUUCAGUACCUCAACGCUGAUCAAACUCAGGCCACGGUUAAGUUGGCUGCAGGACACAAGUUUGACAGAGACGUUGAACUGCUGAUUUAUUACAAAGAUGCCCACCAGCCCACUGCUGUGGUGGAGGCAGGACAGGCCUCUGCCAAACCUGGUUCUCUGAUGGGUGAUCCAGUGGUGAUGGUGAGCCUGUACCCCGAGUUCCCCCAAGAUGUGAUGUCCUCACUCGCCUCCUGUGGAGAGUUUGUGUUCUUGAUGGAUCGAUCAGGGAGUAUGGACUGUCCCAUGAAUAACAGCACAACGCAAGAAACUCGCAUUAGCAGUGCAAGGGACACUCUGCUGCUGCUGUUGAAGAGCCUACCAAUGGGCUGCUACUUCAACAUUUACAGCUUUGGAUCACAGUUUGAACACAUCUUUCCUACGAGUGUAGAGUACAGUGAGAAGACCAUGGAGGAGGCUCUGAAGAAGGUUGAAAAUAUGGAGGCUAAUCUUGGAGGAACAGAGAUUCUUCUGCCUCUCAAACACAUUUACAGCCAGCCCUGCAUUCCUAAACAGCCUCGACAGCUGUUUAUCUUCACUGAUGGACAAGUGGGAAACACCAAAGAAGUUACUGAUCUUGUUAAGAUGAAUGUGGCCACCCACAGGUGUUUCUCUUUUGGGAUUGGCGAAGGAGCCAGCUCUGCUCUCAUCAACGGGAUGGCCAAAGAGGGAGGAGGACACGCUCAGUUCAUCACUGGGACUGACAGGAUGCAACCAAAAGUGAUGCAGUCUCUGAGGUUUGCUCUGCAGCCAGCUGUGGAGGACAUUUCUGUCUCUUGGGAUUUACCAAAGGGAGUGUCCUCCACCAUUCUGUCUCCACCCAUUACUGCUAUGUUUCAGGGUCAGAGGUCACUGAUUUAUGCUCAACUCACUGGACAGACUUCAGAGGCAACAGAUGGCAGUGUGACGGUGAAGUACAGCCUAGCAGGUCAUCCCUCUCAGAACCAGCUGCACUUUAAUCUCAAACCUGCAGAGGACACUGGAUUAACAGUCCACAGGUUGGCUGCUCGCACUGUGAUUCGCUCCCUGGAGUCAGAGCAGAGGACACACAGUGGACAGCAGGAUGAAGAAGUGAAGAAGAAGAAGGUGGUGGAGCUCAGUGUCCAAUCAGGAGUGAGCAGUUCUUUCACUGCCUUCAUUGCUGUCAACAAAGACGACGGCAAAGCAGUUCAAGGACCUCUGGUGCGGAGGAAUAUCCCAACACCUUUCUAUGGAAAGAAGUGUUGUUAUGCUCGGAAAAAAAGGAGUAAGGCUGUGGGUUGUUCUGCUCCAGUGACGAUGGUUGGGGCUUGUUUUGCUCUACAAAGCAUUAGUCCUGUGGUUACACAUGAGGCAGCAUCCCCACCACCCCGCAAAGACCCUCUGCUGCAGCUGGUGUCCCUGCAGAAGGCGUCUGGCUGCUGGCUGCUUGAUGCACAUCUGGCUGCAGCGCUGGGAAAGGCCAGUGAGGAGGUGGAAAAGGCAAAGCCAGCAUCGGUCAACGGUGAAGUGUGGGCCUCCGUUCUGGCUCUGAUCUGGCUUCAUGGUUUUAAGAUGGAUGCAAAGGAGGAGUGGGAGCUCCUGACUCUGAAGGCUGCAUCCUGGAUCAAAGCUCAGAAUGCUCCAUGUGUGUCAGAGUGCGUUGAAGCUGGAAACACGCUGUUGGGCUGCAGCGUGAAGAAAGAAGAUCUGGGGCUCUGAGGUUUUCCAUGAAGAGACUUCAGCUUUACUUUGGAAGCACCUAAGUGCAGGAAGGAAAACUAUAAAGUUGUUGAUUGAUCAAGAUAAGCAGAUUUUCUCUGUCCUUAAAAAAGAUUAUAAAGCAUUUGGUAGUGUAAUGGUACAUAGAUUUUACUAAACAUUUUCAGUACAGCCCUUUAGUUUAGCCCACGCCUGUGCCAACGAAAUUAAGCCUUUUUAAACAUGAACACAUACAGAACGUUUAUUGGUGCAACUAAAAUGCUUAAUUGUGAUGAAAACGGUGAAAAAAUUUACAUUAAUUAGGUAUUUUUAACUAGUAAUAAGGUUCCUCGAUCUCUAGCUUUGCUGCACAUAAUUACUCACCUAAAAUGACUUCUACAUGAAUAUAAACAUUACAGCUAAAGUACAAUUCUAGCUGUUUGUUGCAGUCAACUGGUUAAAAAUGGUGCACAGCAAAUGGCAGACAGCAAUACAACCAUGACAAAAUCCAACCUUAUCUGCUGAAAAUUCUAUACUGAUCUUUCUUUGAAAUUUAAUUGUUUUCAGAAAUGAAAAAACAUUGUGUUCACUACUAAGUAAAGUAAAAAAAAGACAACCGUUUUAUUUGUUUCGCUUGAUUAAAAACACAAUGAAAAUUCACUGAACAAUGUUUUCAAAAGCUGAGAAACAUACCGUAUCAUGAUUUUGUUUUGUACCAUUACACUCCAAGCAUUUAUCUGUGUUUCUACUCAUGUAUCUGCCAAAGUAAUUUUGCACUUUUUGUAUUUGCAAAAAAACAUUGAGUCUCUUUUGCAAUGUUCAGUAACAGUAGAAGCAAUUGUGUCUAAAAAAAAAACCAAUAAAACAAAAACCAAGAGA